AUGGUGGUGCCGUGGGCCGCAGCCGGCCCUUGGGCGGCCUCCAUCGCGACCGCGUGGCUCUCGCGCUGUCCCGCGUGCCCGGAGGCCCGCGUGGCGUGCGGGGCCUGCCCUGUGUGCCCUCCAGCGGCGGCCGCCGCCCCCUGCCCGGGCUGCCCGAGCUGCCCGGGCUGCAGCUUGACCUGCGGGACCGGGCCAGGCUGGUGGGCGGUCCUGGCCGCCCUGGCCGCUGGCCUCGCGGGCGGAGGCAGCCUCCGCGUGGUGCUGGGCUGGGCCGCCCGGGCCGCCUCGCUCUUCGUCGGGAGGACCGACCUGCCGCGGCGCGAGGGUGCGGCGCCCGUGGGCCUGCUCGUCGAGGACGACGGAGCGGGCCAGGUGUGCGCGAGCUACGACGACGACGAGAACCUUCGGAGGCACCACAGGGAGCUCCUCAAGCAGCUCUGCCCUGGCGUCUGGGUGCCGACGACUCCCGAUGGCGAGGUGCUGACGCUGGACCUCAGCAAGCACCUGGUCGGCCCCCUACGCCGGGCGUCCCCGUUCCCGGCCUGGGUUCGGGGGCAGGUCUACGCGUUCGGCGAUCAGUCGAACGAGGACAUCGAGGCGCUGCGGGAGGAGGCGCGCGGCCUCGCCCUGGCCAUGGGCGUCUCUGCCCCGGCUGGGGCUGCUGGCGGCGUCGUGCCGCGCUGGAUCGUCUCGGACCCAGGCUCGCCCGAGUUCUGGCGCGAGCUGGACCUCCACCUCAUUGGGAACCCGGAGCGGCUGAUCAGUCGCGACGCUGUGGGCAUUGCGUUGCUCAGCGAGGAGGAGGGGCGGGUCUCGGUCGAGGGCGCACAGCAGGCCGACGAGGAGGGCCGGCGCGGGGAGAAGCGCCGAGGCCCGGGGCGCGACCCGGGGAUCCUCCCGCUGGCGCGGCGGGCUCGCGGGGGCCAGGUGACGCUCGGGGAGGCGAUCGCGAGGAUGAACGCGGUCGACUUUGGCGACUGGCCGUCCUGGGGGUCGAGGGCCCUGCCCGAGCUGCUGGCCGCCAUCCUUGUCACGGGGCUGACCCUCACUUCCUACUGGGGGUACUGGGUCUCGGAGUCACGUGUGUCGCGGAACGCCGUGGUGGCCCAGGAGGUGCGGCACGCGUUGAACCAGCUGCACCACGCCGCGACCUACGACCUCGUGGACCCGUCGAACCUGGCGUCUCUGGAGCUCCUGGGGCGCCGGGUGCUGCAGAUCCAGCGGGCGGUGAAGAGGUGCCCGCGCCACCUGAGCUUCGAGGGCCUCGACCUGACGCCGAUCAGCUCCUUGGACGAGAGCAGAGGCGUCGCGACGUCGAAGUUCGACGCGUUCGUGGCCAAGGGGCAGGAGGCGCAGGGCAUCAUUCUGAAGGAGGAACAGAUGUACCGGGUGGAGCAGGUGUCGGAGGCGAAGAAGUACGAGAGGCAGGGCGACGACAGGGAGAGGGACCCCAGGGCGGACCCGAAGGGCAAGGUGAAGCCGAUGCCCAAGGCCGCCGUGAAGGAGUCGGUCAUCAAGCGAGUCCGACGUCGUGUUCGCGGCUUCGGCGACCGACCGAAAGACAUGGACUGUGCUGGAGCCCUGCAGGAGCUCCUCAAGUGCAAGGAUCUGUACUCGAACAUGGGCGAGGCUUCUACUCGCCGCGACUAUGAUGCUGACAAGCUCAAUGUGUUACGACGUGCGCCACAUGACCGGCCUCGUCAGCUUCGAGACGUCGCCCCUCGGCACGUCACCGAGGCGCUGGACCACUUCAACUCGGACGUCGUUCGGCCCACGCCGAGCAUCCCCGAGGACGAGGUCAUCGUGGAGCCCUACUGGGAUCCUCUCCUCAACCCGCGCGACCCUCGGAACCGACCACGCCUCGUCGACUUCCUUCGACGACUUGCCGCACGGGGCUUGGUGGAUGGCCGGGCGCGUCGGAAGGCGUGCGUCAGUACUUUCUUCGUGGCCAAGAAGAACGGCGACAUCCGCAUGGUCGUGGACGCUCGUCAGCCCAACCAGCUGCACAAGCUCCCCCCUCGGACUGUGCUGGCAUCCGGUGAGGCGCUGGGCUCGAUCAACUUGCUCGACGCCGUCGGUGCGAGCCCCGAGGACUUGGCGGAUUUCGAUGGCUGCUACGAGUCGCUCUGCGCAGGCUCCGUGGACCUCAUGGACGGGUUCUACCAGUUCGCCGACCCCUCGUGGGGAAGCUGGAUGUGCUUCGACGUGGAGGUCACCGCCGACGAGCUCGGGCUCGACUCGAUCUACGACGAGAAGCUCGGGCGGCGCGUGGCUGUGUCAGGCGACGACGUCAUCUGGCCCUGCUUCGCGGCGUUGCCCAUGGGCUGGAGCUGGGCGCUCUGGAUCUGCCACGAGGUUCUCGUCGACGCGAUGGACGAGGCGGGCCUCCCAGGCGACGGCUGGUGCCUUGACAAAGCCCGUGCGCCGACUCUCGUCGGACAGGCUGUCGUCAGGGCGCCGUACGUCGACAACGGGAAUCUUGUCGCGCUCAGCGCGCCGGCGCUCAACGACCGGCUGGACAAGCUCACUGCUGAACUGGAUCGUCGUGGGCUUCGCUGGCACGAGCUCGAGCGCGCGCAGCCCGGCCUUGUCAUUUUGGGGCUGGUGCUCGACGGGCGCGAGGGCCGACUCAGGCAUACUGCCAAGCGUGCCUGGAGGCUCUACCUGGCUCUGCACCACGUGCUUCGGACGCCAUGGCUCGCCCGCUGGCAGCUACGGCGGAUCGUCGGCCACCUGGUCCACUACUUUUCCGUCGUGCGCCCCGGGCUCAGCGUGCUGGGGUCCUGCUACACGUUCAUCGGAGACGGCGACCUGUCCCCUGUCGUGCGCUUGCCUGGAGAAGUUCUCGGUGAGCUCGCAGUGGCUGCAGGCCUCGUCUUCCUCGGCGAGGUGGACCUGUGCCGCGUGCCGUCCGACGUCGCCUUCACGACCGACAGCUCGCUGCGAGGCUACGCCGUCUGUGAAGCCCGACUGGAGCCGUGGGAGGUACUGGCGGCCACCAGAUGGCGCGAGCGCCAGCGGUUCGUUGCCACCGAGCCCGAGGUCGCGCCCGACGACGAGCAUUACGAAGGGCGGGCCGCCGGCUUUUGCGACAUCUCCGGGCCACUGCCCGUCGAGGUGCCGCCCCGGCUGCGGCACGCCGUGGCGAAGAGGCGCCGGGUCGAGCUGGAGAUCGGAGUCCCGCCCGAGCCGCUGGCGGCCGCUCUGCUGGACGCUGGCCGCUGGGUGGAGCGCCGCCGUGGCGCGUGGCGCCGACCGGGACGUAUCCACGCCCUCGAGGCGCGCGCCGCCGUCGCACCGCUAUGGAGAGCGGCAGGCGACGUCAACUUCCACGGGAAGGAGAUCCUCAGCCUGUGCGACAACAUGUCGUCGGUCCUCGCCUUUGAGAAGGGCAGGGCCACCAAUUUUGAGCUCCUGGCGCAGUGCCGCCGGGCUGCGGCUGUCUGCCUCGGGUGCGAGAUCCGCUGGCGCCCGAGGCACGUGCCAGGCAUGCACAACGUCGCGGACCACGGGAGCCGGGCGGCCGACCGUGGGGAGCUCCUCGCGGGACGCUACCGCGGACGAGGCGCCCUGUCGACGCCCACCAGCGGCUGCCGCCGUUCUCCCGUGGUCCCGCCUGCCGCGGGCAGGGCCGAGGCCCCGCCGACCGCGGUCAUCGAGUUUCAGAUCGGACGAGAGCAGCACGCCCCAACGACCGACCCCGACAAGACCAACCUGAGCAUGUUCGAUGCCUCCCUGCUGCACUCGAGCCUCCUGGAGUUCCUCUACGGGGCCCACGUGUACAUCUUGGAACACGCGAAGGUCCUCAACCGGACCCUCCUGAGCGCCCUCGGCCUCCUGAAGUUCUUCAACAGGGCCCACCUGUACACCUUGGGCCACACGAAGAGCCUCAACGGGCACCGGCUGAGCGCCCUCGGCCUCCUGAAGUGGGUGCCCGUUGGGGGCACCCGCGAUCCAUUGCCGGCAGACCGCGCGCUCGUGGCGUUCACAGUCCGUGCCUUACGGCUCUGCCGAACCCUCGGGAUCUUCGUCACCUUCGAGAACCCGCCUGCGAGCCGAGUCUGGAAGUGGCCCGCGUUGCAGCGCGAGCUGCAGCGCCUUGCCUGGCCGAAGGUGCUGUUUGACUCGUGCAGGUUUGGCGCGCCCUUCAAGAAGCCAGGUGCGAUCGCCGGGAGCCUUCCUGGGCUGGGUCAUUUUGCACUGCGCUGCUGCUGUGCUGGUCGCCACAGGGUCGAGCUGCAAGGCAAGGUCCGACAUCCGACGCGAGGUUGGACGUGGCGUGCGACUUUGGCCGGUGCUUACCCACCCAGCUGGUGCCGCCUGCUGGUCUCGUUGGCUGGCCCAGACGCCCCUCAGAGUGCUUUCGGGCGCUCGACCCAGGAUGACCUCCAGGCUUGGGCUCACGCGCUGGCAAGCACGGCCGGGGUCGCCGAGCCUCGCGGCGCGCAGGCCGAGGCCAACGUGACCCUGUCCCCCGCCCAGUGGCCGUGGCCGCCCGGCGCCGCCGAGCGCAGGCUGCCGCGCGUGGAGACGUCGCUGCCAGUCAGCGGCAAGCCAACCCGGGGGGAGUACCUCCGCCUGGCCUCGCUGCAGCCAUCCACAGUCGACAGCUACACUUCCGCCGUGAUCGGGCUGACCGACUACGCCAAUCGCCGAAGCCUGCUGCUGGCCACGCCGGAGCUCACAAACGAGACGCUCGACUUGUGCUUCGGAAACUCGUUCUUUAGAGAGCCGCCACAGUGCGAGGCCGUCCAACUGACCUGCGACGACAAGCCAUAG